CACAAGUGCUGCCCGGCGGAUAUAUUCAUGCCUCUCCACACAUUUUCAGCGUUCAUAAUAAACCCUGGAUAUUGUUGAUCGCUGCUAAAGACUCACGGACUGAAGCCCAGACCUGAAACCCAGCCGUCGUUCCUCAGCAUCUCCCUUACAGCUACAUCCAUCCACCUCUUCUCCACUCUCUGCCCAUAUCACCUCUUUCUGUUCCCACCAGGUUUUGUCUCGCUCUCUCUUUCUCUCUCCACCCCCACCCCCUUCCCGACCCUCAGCCUCCCUGAUGCCUAAGAACAGCAAGGUUACGCAGCGCGAGCAGAGCAAUGAGCACGUCACAGAGUCCGUGGCUGACCUGCUUGCACACGAGGAGCCUCUCGACUACAAGAACAGCUCCCUAACCGUCGGAGGGGCCGCUGGGAAAAAGAUCCCGCAGAUAGAGGUGCCCGAAAAUGAUGGACGCCCAGCCUGGAACAGCAAAUUGCAGUACAUCCUGGCCCAGGUGGGCUUCUCUGUGGGCCUAGGGAACGUGUGGCGCUUCCCUUACCUGUGCCAGAAGAAUGGAGGAGGUGCCUAUCUGGUUCCCUACUUCAUCCUCCUCCUCCUCAUCGGCAUCCCGCUCUUCUUCUUGGAGCUGGCUGUGGGUCAGAAAGUCCGACGUGGGAGCAUUGGAGUCUGGAACUACAUCUGUCCUAGUCUGGGCGGGAUAGGGGUGUCCAGUCUGAUGGUGUGUGGCUUUGUGGGUCUCUACUAUAAUGUGAUCAUCGGCUGGAGCAUCUUCUAUUUCGUCCAGUCCUUCCAGUAUCCUCUUCCAUGGAGCGAAUGUCCAAUCAGAAGAAAUGGGACACUUGCCAUUGUGGAGCCAGAGUGUGAAAAAAGCUCGGCCACGACCUACUUCUGGUACCGUCAGACUCUGAACACGACCAGCACCAUCGCAGAGAGCGGCGGCCUCAACGUGAAAAUGACCGUGUCUCUGCUGGUGGCCUGGAUCAUCGUCUGCCUCGCUGUCAUCAGAGGGAUCGCCUCCUCUGGGAAGGUGAUGUACUUCAGCUCUCUUUUCCCCUAUGUGGUGCUGUUCUGUUUCCUGGUCAGAGGUUUAAUGCUGAAGGGAUCAGUGGAUGGCAUCGCUCACAUGUUCACUCCCAAGCUGGAGAAGAUGCUGGAGCCCAAGGUGUGGAGAGAGGCAGCCACCCAGGUGUUCUUCGCCCUGGGUCUGGGGUUCGGAGGAGUCAUAGCCUUCUCCAGUUACAAUAAGAUCGAUAACAAUUGUCAUUUUGAUGCCGUGCUCGUCUCUUUCAUCAACUUCAUCACUUCCAUUCUGGCCACACUGGUAGUGUUCGCCGUGCUGGGAUUCAAGGCCAACAUCAUGAAUGAAAAGUGUGUCGUAGAGAAUGCAGAGAAGAUCCUGGGAUACCUCAACUCUAGCGUCCUGAGCCACGACCUCAUCCCGCCACAUGUAAACUUCUCCCAUCUCACCACAUCAGACUACGCUGAGAUGUACGGGGUCAUCAAGACGGUGAAAGAGGACGGCUUCGCCCAGCUGGGUCUGGAUCCUUGUCUGCUGGAGGACGAGCUCAACAAGUCUGUCCAGGGCACCGGCCUGGCCUUCAUCGCCUUCACAGAAGCCAUGACUCAUUUCCCGGCGUCUCCGUUCUGGUCGGUCAUGUUCUUCUUCAUGCUCAUCAACCUCGGUCUGGGCAGUAUGAUCGGCACCAUGACCGGCAUCACCACACCUGUCCUCGACACCUACAAGGUCCAUAAGGAGCUUUUCACAGUGUGUUGCUGCAUUGUGGCCUUCUUCCUUGGCCUGUUGUUCGUUCAACGCUCAGGGAAUUACUUUGUCACCAUGUUUGAUGAUUACUCUGCCGGACUGCCUCUCACAAUAGUGGUCAUCCUGGAGAAUCUGUCUGUCGCUUGGGUUUAUGGCACAAAAAGGUUCAUGCAGGAUCUGGAGGACAUGUUGGGUUUCCGACCAUGUAUAAUCUAUUUCUACCUGUGGAAGUACGUCUCCCCUCUGUGUCUCAUUGUGCUCAUCUCAGCCACUGUCAUCGAGAUGGCCAUCAGCCCCCCAGGAUACAAUGCCUGGAUCCAAGAGCUGGCUGAGGAACGCUUCGAGAGCUAUCCUCCCUGGGCACUGACCAUGUGCUUUGCUCUCAUCAUCGUGGCCAUGUUGCCUCUCCCUAUUGUCUACAUCGCCCGUCGCUUCAACCUGAUGUCAGACGGCUCCAACAAGCUCUCUGUCUCCUACCGUAAAACCAUGAUGAAGGACAUUUCCAACCUGGAGGAGCAGGACGAAUCCAGGUUCAUCCUUGGUGCCAAGCCUAGCGAGGCGCCACCCUCAGCACCGGCAGGCAGGCCCUGCCUGACAGCAGGAGGGGCCAAAACUCUGGACGCCAACUCCCUGUCUCCAAGCAUCUGCUACGGUACGAGCUACCAGAACGCUGCCAUCAGCCCCACCACACCGACUACACCGAUCACGCACGCCACGCCAGAGUCUGACUCUUGAGCGCUCUGACACCCAGUUCUUAACACAGUUUACCUUGCAGCCAUAAAGUCUCCACCGGGGGUCACUGCAGCGCCAAGAAUCCCCACCACUGCCCUACUAACCCCACAGAACUGUAUGUAGCCGCCCAAAUGAUCUGAACACACGCUUCCCAAAAUAACACAAAGGAAACCACCUGCAGCAGGAGAAAAAAAAAA